AUGUCUCAGCCUGACAGCCGAGCAAGGGCAAAGUCCAUUGGUCACUACAUUUUAGGAAAAACAAUUGGAGAGGGCACUUUCGGAAAAGUCAAGCUUGGCACGCACAUCUUGACCAGCGAACGUGUCGCUGUUAAGAUCCUCGAGAAGGAGAGGAUUGUCGAAGUUGCAGAUGUGGAGCGGGUUGCGCGUGAGGUGCACAUUUUGAAGCUCAUCCGGCACCCGCACAUUGUUCAGCUGUAUGAAAUCAUUGAGACGCGCCGUCAACUAUAUCUUAUUAUGGAGUACGCGAGUGGUGGAGAGCUGUUUGACUACAUUGUCACGAAAGGGCGCGUGCCGGAAUUGGAGGCAUGCCGCUUCUUCCAUCAGAUCAUUGCCGGCUUGGAGAAGGAUCAAAAUACCUCUGCUUUGUACAAGAAAAUUCUGGCUGCGGACUACAAAACGCCCAAGUUCAUCAGUGAGGCCGUGCGUGACCUCAUCGCGAGGCUGCUCACCACGGACCCCACGCGUCGCUACAACGUUCCAGAUGUGCGUGCGCACCCUUGGUAUUGCCAAAUUCCAGAGGCUUCUACACCAGUUCCAGAUGAUAGAGUGGAACAAGGCGAGAAGCAAGAACACAAGCUGGAGGAGGUGCCCGGAGAAGAUGGAGCCGAGACUGAAGAGGCUGCUGAGCUCAAGAAACAGGGGAAUGCUGCUUACGCUCAAAACGACAUUGAGGAGGCUGUACGGCUUUGGAAUCGAGCCAUCCGGAAGCAUGUGCAGGAGCUUUCAGACGGAAAGUCCUGCGAUGAGGAAGCUACAAUGCUAGAAAAGUCAAUUUAUCUCAAUCUGGCACAGGGCUAUUUGAAGCUUGGUGAUGGCGAACGAGCCCUUCGAGCUUGUAAGGUGGUGCUGUAUACAGACCAACAGAAUGCAAAAGCAAGAUAUCGAGCAGCUGAAGCCUGUGCACAGCUGGAGCGCUUUGACGAAGCGGAGCAGCUGUUGUCCCAACUCGAGCUGCCGGAGGCAUCUAAAUUGCUGCAGAGAAUCCAAGCCAAGCGGCAAGCACAAGCUGCCAAAGAUAGUAAACAGGAAGCUGCUGCAAGGAAGAAGCUGGCUGCGAAGAUGAGUGCUGGCCUUGCAGGUUUCUCUGAGGACAAACCUGAACCGGUUCCACAGGAGGCACUAAGGGCACCCAUGGCAGACCUGGGUACAGUUUCAAACAUGACUGAUGUGUCUGUGGAAGCCGCAGAGGCAGCCAAGAACCGCCUGGCACGCCUAGAAGCUGCCGCUGCAGGGGAAAGACCUUUGCCUGAGCCCACCUACACAGACUUUGAGUCCUUUCGUGCGAAGGCCAUGAAACGAUCCCAGACUUACACUAUGGCGGCAGAACGAAGCCGCAAGCAAACUGAGGCAUCUCAGCGUUCUGUGCGACUCGACUGGCUGCGUCAGGGCCAUACAGGCCACUUGGAAGACUUCACUUCUGUCCUGGAAGAGGAGCUUCAUGACAUUCAGGCGCAAGAAGCCGAACAAAAGCAAGCAGAAUGCGAUGAUCUGGUUGGCACAGGAAGUGCAGACAUGGAUGACAUGGACGAGAUGGAUUGA